UUAGUGUUGAGUGAUAACAGUGUAAAACAAAAGGGAAAACAUACUUGUUCAUGUGGUCUAUUUAAUUUAUUAUGUUGCAGGUCCUACGAAUUUUAAAUUUUUCAAAUGCAUAUUCCAAUUUCAUGGUUCCAAUGUGUUAUUUAUUGUACAAGAUUAUUUUGUAUCUGAUUAUUCAAUACUAAAAGUGUACGUGAAUACCGGCAAUCUAACCUGCCAAAAGACUUGAUAGUACGAACAAUUCAGAUUAAUUCUUGAGAACAUUUAUUUUGAUUCGUCGACAAUGGCAUCAUCUAGGUGGUGCAGUCAACCAGUUCAUAAAGCCAUGUUGUCAGGUGAUGUGGCAUUGCUGCAAAGUGUAUCAGAAAAAUACUCAAUAGACUUUCUAAUAGCAACAAAAACAAUGUACCUUCUGAGCGGCUAUGCCAAACAAAACUACCAUAUUACUCCUCUCCAAGCGUCUGUAAUGACGGGUAACUAUGAACUGUGCAAACGGCUCAUCUUUGAAGGUGCAGAGUUUAUAUCUCUAUCCUUCCACAUGAUGCACCCCUUGAACAUUGCUCUGGACUUUGGAAAAUUCCAAAUUGCCAAACUUUUGAUCACUUCUGGAGCUGAUGUUUCAUUAAACCAGCACGGGUUCUAUCCGAUGUACUACGCAAUCAAACAUCUGACUCCUGAUUACAUUGUAGAGGCAAUACUCAAAGCAGGAUUCUCACCUGACACUGCAGUUGAGAAUGUGUAUAAUUCCACAGCCCUGCAUAGAGCUGUGACAUCCAACAAUGAACCUGUAGUCAAGUUACUGUUGAAGUACAAAGCUAACUGUGACAUCACAGAUUCAUGUGAUGGAUAUACAGCUAUGCAUAUUGCUGUGAAACAAAGGCUCCCAGCAAUGGUGGACCUCUUGGCUGAAUACGGUGCUCAGAUGAAUGUAGAAUGUAAGGAAGGUUAUACUCCCCUGUUUUAUGCAAUAGGUGUUAAUGAACUGAACUGUUUGCAAGCACUCUUGAGACAUGGUGCGGACAUUCACCAUUUGUCCUCCAUCAAACAGUGUUAUCCUCUAAAUUUUGCAGUGUACCUUGGCAGAAAAGAAUUGACAGAAGCGUUAUUGAAACAAGGAGCAGAUGUGAAGAAGGUUGCUCUCGGGUCUGGGAACUCGUCUCUUCACAGUGCCGCAAUAUCUCAUCGUGGCAAAAUGUCGGAAGACACAAUGGAAAGUCUGUUAGGUAUUGUCCAGUGUUUGAUUGAAGUAGGAGCUGAAAUAGACCUUGUUAAUAAACACGGAUAUACACCCAUGCAACUUGCCAUCAAGGAGGAGAACUUCAGAAUUGUUAAACUCCUAGUCAAAGAAGGUUCAUCAGUCAACCAAAGACUGGAUCACGGAACUAAUUUCCACUUUGUUUCAAAACUUGCAAGCAAAGAAGUGGUUAAAGUAUUCUUGAAACAUGGUGCAGACUAUUGUGCCUUUGACAAAAAUGGAGUGACACCUUACCACUUAUCUGUAUUGAAUAAAGAUACAACUGUGAUCAAAUUGUUUUGGAAUCACUUCUGCCCCUGGGACCUGCCAUUGCCAGAUGAAUCUCGCAGACCGUUGUGUCUCCCUGAGAUUAAGAAAGCUAUUGAAAAUCAGGAAAGUUUCAUCUCGGGAAUUUUGAAUAACGAUAUAGAAAUAAUGGGUUCAGCUUUGGAAGAUGAGGCAGAAGUAAGAGGAUGCAGCAUGAAAUUGCCUUAUCCUCUGCAUUUUGUAGCUGCAAAAGGUUUUGACUCAGCUGCACAUAUGCUGUUGUGCAAAGGUUUUCCUGCAAACCGUUUGAAUGAUAAAGGGGAAACACCAUUACACUUGGCAGCAAGUGAGGGCAGUUACCAAGUUUGUAUCUACUUGUUGAUGUACGGUGCUAUGUACAAUCCUGCUUCCAAGUUCACUGGCAAUACGCCCAUGGAUCUUGCUGUGAAGAAUAACCAUUUUUCUGUUAACAAUAUUCUUGGAGAAAUUGAUAAACUCUUUUGCUGCAACAACGAGAAGACAAUUCUGAACAAGAUAAAACGAAGAGAUAUUAAAAACCAAGAGAACUUUCACUCUUUACUAGCCUUGAUCAAUUGUGUUGACAGAAAGGGGAAUACAUUAAUGGGUAAAGCAUUACAUAAGGGAUUUUAUGAAUUGGCUAAGUGUAUAAUGUAUAUUCGACUCCAAAUGCCAGAAGAAUUUUAGACAUCUAUAAAAUUACUGUUUAAACAAUUACACUUAUUUGAACAUAAAUAAACAUCUAAUACAUACUGUAAAGUAUAAUUAAAAUGGUAAAUAGUUAUUUAAUUUUAUGUUAAUUUUUUUAACAUAAAUAAUAUCGACAAUGUUAAUAAGACAUCUUAUGCAGUAAUCCAUUGAAAUUUCUUGUAAAUAUUAUGAGCCUCACUAUGUACAUUGUGUAUAGAUUGGUAAUGUUUUAUUGUGAAAUUGUGACAAAUAUAGUUAUUAGUGUAUUAUAUUUAACUAUAUAUAUUAUAAAAGUUACAUGUAUGGCCUAAAAUGUUGUGUACUGUAAAUAAAUGUAUAUUUCAAUAUGACAUAAAUAGCAACUUACUUUUACACUAUAGACGAGAGAUAUAUUUCAGAUGUGGCACCAGCCAUACAAAUGUUAUAACUGAUAAUACAGGGUAACAAAAUGUAUGUAAUUUAUUCAAUGCUAGUUAGUAGUGCAACCAAUCACCAUUCAAAAUAAAAUAAACCUCGUUCCAUUUAUUCUACUUAGAGCUUGUCAGAGUACUGAGGUCUGUGAUAUUUAAACUCAAUAGUAUGUAUAAGUUUAGUUCAUAGUUAAUUCUAAAAAUAUUGAAACAGUAUUAACAACAUUUUAAAAUCUAAAAUAAUUCUCGAGUGAUUAAAAAAAUAUAGAUAUUACAUUUAUUUUAAAAUGUAAUCAAUUCAAAAUUGUAGACAGGGUGAAAAAAUGUACUAAAGAAAACAGACCCAAUGAUCUACUUGUAUAUAUUCAGAAUGGGUUAUACACUACAAUAGAUCCAAAAUGGAACUUAGAGCUGAAUUAAUGUUGAAUAAAACCCAAUGUGAAACAGUGCUAACACUCCACUUCAAAUCAUUUUGAUAAUGUUUUUAAACUUGCAUUUUUGCUUCAUAAGUUUAACUAAAUAAGAACUUCAUUAUUUAAUAAACUGUUUUCCUUCAAGUGUAUGGAAGUUGAAUUUAUGUUACUACAUCUAUCAAGAAAAAUUUAACAUAAAAAAUUGUUCAGAAACUAGUGGUUGAUCACCAAUGUACCAUUGAACAGAAUACUUGAGUUAAUUUACUUGCAGAUUAAUCCACCACAUUGAUUAGUUCUUAUCUUUAUUUAUAUUUCCAGUAUUAAUUAAUACAACUGUGGUUUGACAAGUAACUUUGUUGUAUGAUAUUGAGAAAAGAAUUGAACUUUUCUUGCACUUCUUGAUCGUUUAUCGAACAUUUGCUUAUUGCCUGGUGUUGUUUCAAUAAUUCAUUGUAUUCUUUUGAAAAUUAGAAAGUAAACAUGGCAUUAUAUAAAGUUUAUUGUAUUAUUGUAAUACACCUGGGUACAUGAAUAACAGCCAUGUAUUGACAAUAUGAUACCACCUGGUUUGGUUGUGUAUUGGCCACUUGAUGCAUCCUUGGCACGUCAGUACUAGCCAUGUGUUGGCCAGGUGAUGUUAUCUCUGAUCAUCAGUACUAGCUGUGUAUUGGCCACUUGAUGCAUCCUGAGCACAUCAGUACUAGCCAUGUGUUGGCCAGGUGAUGUUAUCUCUGAUCAUCAGUACUAGCUGUGUAUUGGCCACCUGAUGCAUCUUGGGCACAUCAGUACUAGCCAUGUGUUGGCCAGGUGAUGUUAUCUCUGAUCAUCAGUACUAGCUGUGUAUUGGCCACUUGAUGCAUCUUGGGCACAUCAGUACUAGCCAUGUGUUGGCCAGGUGAUGUUAUCUCUGAUCAUCAGUACUAGCUGUGUAUUGUCCACUUGAUGCAUCUUGGGCACAUCAGUACUAGCCAUGUGUUGGCCAGGUGAUGUUAUCUCUGAUCAUCAGUACUAGCUGUGUAUUGUCCACUUGAUGUCACCAAGACGUUAUUGGUUUUGUUACUUUAAAACCAGUUAUUUUUCAAGGCAAUAUUGAUUUUGAUAUCAUUUUAAUAGGUAUUUCGUUUAAUACAUUUGGAAUAAACUCAACUAUUUCAUCAUAAUCAUAAAUAUGCCACUUGAAAUAUGUAGUUUCUGAUUACUCGUAUAGAUGAGUUACAAAGUCUACAGUGUUUACUCUAGCGGUAUAUACCUUGACUCUUAUAGAGCAUAAUUUUGUGCAUUUCUUGUAUAUUAUAAUAAAAUGUCCUUUUUUAAUAGACAAAACUUUUAAGGUUAAAUACUUUAAAAAUAGGUUACUUCUUAAAUAAAUAAUGAGAUUCAUUUGAGUUAUGACUAAAUCAAUAGUUCCUUCGUCGUAUGCAUUGAAUAAUAUGUAUACUUUUUGUUGGUAUCUCCUUGUUUAAAAGCCAAAUUCAGGUUAUUAGAAAAUACUUAUUAAAUAAUUUAGAGUUUGCUCUACUAUGUCUUUGAAAACAAACCACAGUGCCUUUUGGACUUUGUAAAGUAUUAAAAGUUAAAUCCACUGUAAAGUAUUAAAUAAGAUUUAAUGUGACAAAAGUAAAUAAAUAAUGUUAAUUAGUGACUGAGUAAUAAAUACAUUUAUAUUUUAUCAACCAUAACUAUAUUUUAUUUACCAAUAACUGAAUAAAAGUGAUUGUAAAAUAAUAAUCUUUACUUAAAAAAUACAUAUAAGGCCUAAUUAUAAUAAUGUUCAUAUUUGUAAAGGUCAUAUUACACCUUUUUAAGUGUAUUAAUAUUAAUGGUUCUUCUGUAAGUUAUGUGAUAAAGUGUGAUGAAUGAUUAGAUAUAUGAUAUAUUUUGUUUAGAUUUAAAUAUUGAUGUAGUCCAUACAAAUUAAAAUAAAAAACAACAUGUCACAGAGUGAAAAUUGAAAGAAAGUAAAAAUAUAUUUAGGAAAUUAACGUAACCAAAAUUGGUUUGAAUUUGAAUAAGUUAUACCUUGCCUUACAACUGAAUUAGUGAAUGCAUUUAUAUAAGAAAUUUGUAAGUAUACUCAGUCAUUUAUUCAUAGUUAGUAAUAGUAUGAUUUAUUUUAUAAGUAACUAAUGACAAAUAAGUUAUUUUAUAAUUAUUGCUAUAAGCGUUUUACAGUUACUAAGGCUACCCACCGUGUUUCAUGUUAAUGUUUCUUACUUUUAUAUUGUUAUUAAUAAAAUCUAAUUUGAAAAA